GUUAACGACCCAAUAUAGCUUCACGCCUAAAAACACCUCAAUUUCCUCAUUUUCUUAUUACAGAAAAGAAAAAUACAAUUUCAAUCUCUUUUUAUGAUCAACCCAUUAUUACUCAAACUUUUUAUUUUUAUUUUUUUGAUCAUCAUCCUCAUUUAAACAACUUCCCCCCUGCUUAAAUCUACUCAAAGCUUCUUGUUUUGUGGCAAAAAAAAUUAAAUGAAUAGUCACUGUUUCUUCAUGUUUGAUCUUUCUUUAAUAUAAAGAUUUCCAGGAUUUUCUUUGCUUUAAUUUUUUUUCAUGCAUUUUAUGUUUUAUAUUUGAUUGAAUUUUCUGGGUUUUUGGUUUUAUGUUCUUCUGAUUUAGAUUUUCUGUGUUUCUUUCUAUUUUUCAUUUUUAAGAAAUCAACGGGAUUUGUCUUGAGUACAAUCCAAAUUUGGUAAAUAAAAAAGGUAUAUACAAUUUUUUGAUGAAUUUGGAAAUGGAAGGGAGGGAAGUAGGGAUGAAUAGUACUGGUGUUACCGUGGUCGGAUCAGAUGCUCCGUCGGAGUAUCAUAUAUCUCCAAGAACCGAACCUCCCAGCCAAAUCACCACCACUGUAUCAACAGCUGUCACAACACUGGUGGCUAUCUCUCCCCAGUCGACGGCGGUGCCUCCGCCGUUAGGUGUGAUGCCCUUGUCUAUGAAGAAGAAACGAGGCAGACCAAGAAAGUACGCACCAGAUGGGUCUGUGAAUCAAACUUUAUCUCCAAAACCCAUCUCAUCUGCUGGUUCUUCACCGGUGAUCGACUUCUCAUCGGGGAAAAAAGGCAAAAUCCGGCUACCCUCCGCCGAGAAACAUUCAUCCAAGUUUAGGAUGGAAAGCUUAGGCGACUGGUUUCCUUCUUCGGUUGGAGCUAAUUUUACACCUCAUAUCAUCAAUGUCAAUGCUGGAGAGGAUGUGACGAUGAAGGUUAUAUCAUUCUCUCAACAAGGGCCUCGGGCAAUAUGCAUUCUGUCAGCAAAUGGUGUUAUUUCGAGUGUUACCCUUCGGCAACCUGACUCUUCUGGUGGUACUUUGACUUACGAGGGUCGUUUUGAGAUACUUUCGUUAGCUGGUUCUUUUAUGCCAUCUGAAAGCGGAGGAAUAAGAAACCGAUCCGGUGGAAUGAGCGUUUCUUUAGCAAGCCCAGAUGGCCGGGUUGUUGGUGGUGGUGUUGCAGGCCUACUAGUAGCCGCCACUCCUGUUCAGAUUGUGGUAGCAAGUUUUUUGGCGGGAAAUCAGCCGAUGGAACAGAAGACAACCAAGAAGUCAAAACCAGAGACCGCGACACCUGCACCACCACCUGCCGCCGCGAUUCCGGCACCAGCCGCCCAGACAGAGGAGACCGUGAAGCAGAACAACUUGUCAUCACUGACUACAUUACGAGGGGAUGGUUGGUCUGCCUAUAAUGCCCCUGAGACUGAGGUGAGGAGAAAUACAACAACUGACAUCAACGUGAGUCUCCAUGGAUAGUUAGGGUGUUAUGAGGGUGGGUAGUUUGGUAAUUGCAGAGGCCAUUAUGGUCUUUGUGUUUUGUCUUUGUUUGUUUGCAUGUAAAAGAAUGAGUAGAGGUGAAAGGAGGAUAUGUUACUUUACUUUCACAGCUGUAGUUAUUUAGAUCAGUCGAGUAGUUCAUCAGCUUCUUCUGUGUCGUGUUUAGGUGAUUUGGAG